AGGCACGCGACAACUGAGAUAAUCUCCGUUGACGAAAGAAGCUUGUUAAUUUAUUAACAUCAUCUGGCUGCUGUGAUCCCUUCUUCUUGACAUUAUUAAAUCACACGCGUCACGCGCUAUACUUUCUCCCGGAUUUUAUUAUUUUAUCUAAAUCUAAUUAGAAAUUCCCAAAAAAAGCUCCCCCUCCCCUUCUCCUUCUCAUUUUAGAUUACAACAAUCUUAGGUUCUUCUUUUCAUCUGCACUUUCAGUUACAAAUCUUUUAACAAAGGUUAUCAUCAGAUUUAAGAUACAUUAUUUAGUUUCUUUGUAAUUAAUUCGGUGAAGAUUUAUUUAAUUUAUUUAAAUGGCUUCGAGUUUUGAUCGCUGGGAGAAGGAUCCCUUCUUUUCUGCGGCGGAGGAAGUUCAAGAAUCGGCCAACAGGAUGGAAUCGGCGUAUAGAACAUGGAUGCACUCAAAGAAACAAGAGUCAAGUAUGUGGAACUCUGAUGAACUCCGUCGUGACCUGCGGACUGCCCUUGGCACCACCAAAUGGCAGCUAGAUGAGUUUCAAAGGGCUGUCAGCUCUAGUUACAUCAAAAGCUCUACUGAGGAUGCAAGAGAUAGACAUCGCGAUUUUAUUAUUGCAAUUGAGGACCAAAUUUUGAAAAUUGAAUAUUCCUUACAGGAAUGCUCGCUUCCUGAAGGCAAUUCACCAUUGCCUUGGGUGCGAUUGGAUGAAGGCGAAUGUAAUGAGCUUGCAUUGUUUUUGUCUGGUUCAUCAGAAUUUGGAGACAGUACUAAUCUGAUAAAGCAUAGCAGAGAUGACAAGAAACAACAAGGGAUGAAUAAUGAAAUGACUGCUGAUUGUUUGAAGAGCUCAGACCAUGUUGUCGAGAAGCCUCACGGGCAUAGGAGGACAGCCAGUGCUAGUGCUGACAUCGGUGCUUGGAAGAUUGCAAUUGCUGAAGUUAACUGUCCUUUAGAUGGUUGUAAUGUGCAGCCCCUACAACCCCCACGAAAGGUACCUAGCUUCUCAGGAUUCUUAAGUUCCAUGGAAUAUGCACCAAAAUUCAAGUGGCCAAAGAAUGGUGUUAGGAAAUGGAAGGCGAUGGAUGUUAAUCAAGAUUCUGAUGCUGCACCAUUGCGAUCUUCACAGAUGACCAAGGGCAUCCAUGCUUGUUAUGAGAAGAGUAAGAGCUGUCUGGAUGGCUGCGAUGAAUGUUAUGAUAAGCAACUUUAUGGGUGGUACGGAGUUACACAGAGAUUGCUUCAGCGGUCUCAGUAUCAAAUGCAAUAUGGUCGACCUGUUCAAGUGGUUAUUUGGACUGUUCUUCUCCUUUGCUUAAUUGUGUUAUUUGUAUUGCGUGCAUUGUAAGGAUCUACGGAACCGCCAUCCAGCAUUCAAUGGUCAGUGGCAAUAUGUGAUGGCAACAGAGGUAUUCUGGUAGCAGGAUCUGAAGGAGAUUUGCUCGGCUUGUUGGCAAUUGAGCUGCUAAGGUUUGUAGGCAUGCAUUAUCAUGUUCGGCACAUAAUCUUUGCCUUUCUAACCUUUUUGUCCCUCGUUGCCUACCAAUUCUCACUUUUCCUCCCUUCAAAUUUUGAUUUCUCUGAUGAGGGGCAAUAUAUGUGUAUAAUUCUAAGAGCCAAGAGAGGCAGAGAAUGUCGGCCAAGAAUGAUUCUUUUAUGUCAUCGGAUCCUGUAAUGCCAUCUUUUCUCUUGUAGCCAUCUUUGUACAACUGUAUAUCUGCUUCUGUU